AUGGUAGCGUCUGCGCAAGCCGAGAAACAUCGAAUUGAAAACGAGUGCGCGGAAGACGAAGACGUUGAGUUCUUCCAAGAUGUGGAGCAGUUGCAAAACCACGGAAUCAAUAUGGCCGAUAUCAAGAAACUGCAAACUGUCGGAAUUUGUACGGUGAAGGGUGUAAUGAUGACGACAAAGAAGCGACUGGCAGAAAUCAAGGGGCUUUCGGAGGCAAAAGUAGAUAAAAUAAAGGAAGCCGCAUGCAAAAUAAUGAAAAGCGGAUUUAUCACUGCCCUUGAAGUCUGCGCGAGACGCAAGCAGUGCUUCAAAAUUACCACAGGGAGUUCGGAAUUCGACAAACUGCUCGGUGGCGGAAUUGAAAGCCAAAGUAUCACUGAGGUUUUUGGAGAGUUUCGCACGGGAAAAACUCAGCUAUCUCAUACCUUGUGUGCCACUUGCCAGCUGCCGAACGGAAGCUAUCGCGGUGGGAAAGUUAUAUUCAUUGACACUGAAAACACAUUCCGUCCCGAACGUCUGCGCCCAAUCUGCGACAGGUUCAAUAUUGAUCAGGAAGCGAUGCUCGAAAAUGUAUUGUAUGCAAGGGCCUUCACUUCAGACCAUCAGAUGGAGUUGCUGGAUUACGUAGCUGCGAAGUUUCACGAGGAGAUGGGUGUCUUCAAACUACUAAUUGUGGACUCAAUAAUGGCGCUUUUCAGGGUUGACUAUUCUGGCAGAGGCGAAUUAGCUGAAAGGCAGCAAAAACUAGCUCAAAUGAUGAGUAGACUGCAG